CAGUCAGAAUCUCGUGUCCAUCAGCACUACUGGUUUUAUUUUAGCCAAAGAAGCUCAAUAGAAACAACAGACAACCGAAGAUGGUUUGGGACGGCGGUAUCGAGCCCAAUGGCACAGAGGGCAAGAACUUCUACAUCCCCAUGUCCAACAGGACUGGGAUCGUUAGGAGUCCUUUUGAAUACCCUCAGUUUUACAUGGUAGAUUCCAUGAUGUACAAAUUUCUAGCUUUCUACAUGUUUUUCCUGAUCUGCACCGGAACCCCCAUCAACGGACUGACGUUGUUCGUCACGGCUCAGAACAAGAAACUCAGGCAACCUCUCAACUACAUCCUGGUCAACCUGGCCGUGGCCGGACUCAUCAUGUGCUGCUUCGGAUUCACCAUCACCAUCACCUCUGCUUUUAACGGCUAUUUCAUUCUGGGAGCCACUUUCUGCGCUAUUGAGGGAUUCAUGGCCACACUCGGAGGUGAAGUCGCUCUCUGGUCUCUGGUCGUCCUGGCUGUUGAGAGAUACAUCGUCGUCUGCAAACCCAUGGGAAGCUUCAAGUUCAGCGGAACUCACGCAGGAAUUGGAGUCCUCUUCACCUGGGUCAUGGCUUUUGCAUGCGCUGGCCCCCCACUGUUUGGCUGGUCCAGGUACAUCCCUGAGGGCAUGCAGUGCUCAUGCGGACCAGACUACUACACUCUGGCCCCCGGCUUCAACAAUGAAUCAUAUGUCAUCUACAUGUUUGUUGUCCACUUCUUCCUUCCAGUCUUUGUGAUUUUCUUCACUUAUGGAAGCCUGGUGCUGACAGUCAAAGCUGCUGCAGCCCAGCAGCAGGAGUCAGAGUCCACCCAGAAGGCUGAGAGGGAGGUGACACGCAUGUGCAUCCUGAUGGUCUUCGGCUUCCUCUUUGCCUGGGUCCCAUAUGCCAGUUUCGCUGGCUGGAUCUUCAUGAACAAGGGAGCUGCCUUCACCGCCCUGACUGCAUCCAUCCCUGCCUUCUUUGCUAAGAGCUCAGCUCUCUAUAACCCUGUGAUCUACGUGCUCUUGAACAAACAGUUCCGUAACUGCAUGCUGAGCGCUAUUGGAAUGGGAGGCAUGGUGGAGGAUGAAUCCUCAGUGUCUGCCAGCAAAACAGAAGUGUCCUCUGUCUCUUAAACAUAAAGACAAUUGCAUUAACCUGGACAUUUUCCUUUCCACUGUCUCUUCAAUCUGGAAUAAUCCUCAAUGUGGACUGAGUGACGUUCAGGGACGUCUGAACUACUUGACCAGUGAUGAACGGCUCCAGGAACAAACUCAUGAACUGCAUUUUUUUUUCACCUUUUAUUUGAAGCAUGUUGGAAAUCAAUGUGAAUUCAAAAUCAAUGCAAAUAAUGGUAAAAUCUGUGAACACAUGUAUAUGGAUGCUCAUUUUGACUCUCCCCUUUCGUCCGAGGCACAGAACUCCCCGAUACCUUUGAGCUAUUUGGCACCAUUGAAAAUAUGUAACCCCCAACAAUAUGUGUUUCAAAUGCCACAAUAUUUCACAUUUUGUACUGUAUUUUCAAAACGAGCAACUAUAUACCAUGUAAAUUCUAUUUUUGUCACUUGC